AUGAAGGUGCUUCGCACAUUCGCACAGGACCCAGCUGCAGGUGCUGCGCAACUCGGGCAAGUGCAAAUCGGCGGCGGCCGGCGAGAACGGCAUGGCGCUGGUGCAGAUCCGCGACGUGAUGCAGCACAUGCCGCAGUUCAAGUACAUGCUGCGCUCGGGGCUGGCGGCGGACGAGCCGCACGCGCCGCACCAGGCGCCGCGGCCCGCGCACGCGUCGCAGCCCUCGCACGCCAAGCGCGCGCGGGCCAACUGAGAGUGUCGCCCCGGGGGCGCCGACCCCCGGGCGGAACACCACCACCAGCACCAGCACCAGCACCAGCUGCAGCACCAGCACCAGCUCAUGCCGCAGCCGCUGCUCUGGCCCGACUUCUUCGCCGCCGCCUACGGGGGGCCGGUGCUGAAGAUGGAGUACAGCCCGCCGCGCUAGGCGGCCGCGCCCGAACGGACCACCCCGCCGGCGCGUUUGUGUCUAGACCAGGGUACUUACUGUAUGUGGUGGCGCUCGAUGCGAUCGCGACGGUGUACGACUUUGUGUUCGCCGUGUGCCUAUUUACAUGUGUCAUGUCAAGGGGAAAACGGACAAGAAACUCUUUGGUCCUUCUGUUUUAUUUUAGAGAAAAACCCGAUAGAAUCAUAUCAACAGCGAAGACUGGGCAAAUCAGAAAACGUCUA